GAGGAGAGGGGAGGGGGCGCGGAGAGACGCACGGCUAUGUCCGUGCUCAUCAUCAUCCUCAUCCUCCUCAUCCUCACCCAGAGCGGACGGUCAUGGCCCUCAGCAUCAGCCAGCAGUAUUUCCAGAUCCCAGUCGUGACCAGAGCUUACACCACAGCCUGCGUCCUGACCACCGCCGCUGUGCAACUAGAGGUCAUCACCCCCUUCCAGCUUUACUUUAACCCAGACCUAAUCAUUAAAAGAUACCAGAUAUGGCGCCUGAUAACCAACUUCCUAUUUUUUGGCUCUCUUGGAUUCAGUUUCCUAUUCAACAUAAUUUUUCUAUAUCGAUAUUGUCGGAUGCUUGAAGAAGGCUCUUUCCGUGGACGAACGGCAGACUUUGUCUUCAUGUUCCUGUUUGGGGGCAUCCUGAUGAGUUUGUUCGGUCUGCUGGCCAACCUGUUCUUCCUGGGCCAGGCCUUCACCAUUAUGCUGGUUUACGUGUGGAGCAGGAGACACCCAGCCAUCCGAAUGAACUUCUUCGGCCUCCUGAACUUCCAGGCGCCGUUCCUGCCCUGGGUGCUCAUGGGAUUUUCGCUGCUGCUUGGAAACUCCAUCAUGGUUGAUCUUCUAGGUAUCGGAGUCGGUCACAUGUAUUACUACCUAGAGGACGUGUUUCCCAACCAGCCCGGAGGCAGGAAGCUUCUGUUUACACCUGAACUCCUGCGGGUGAUGUUCGACCACCCAGAGGAGGACCUCGCCUACACUCCCCUCCCAGAGGACCUGGCUGAGGAGCCACAGGAGGAUCAGGAGGCCCCUGACCAGUAACCCCCACCUCCCCGUUGCAACCCCGAAUCCCCCACUGAGGGUCAAGGAUCAGAACAGAAGGCAUGGAUUCGGGAAUAAUCUUACAGCACUUGAAUUGAGGGUCAUCAAAUACGCAUCUCACAUUCUCAAAUAUAAGAAAUACAAUUAGUCGUCUGUUCUGCUGUAAACUGAAGUUGUCACUUUGUUUUGGGUUAAAAAAUGAAAAGCUGACCAAACUGAUACAUGGUCAAUAAAGACAUACAUAAAUA